CAUUUUCGAAAAAAAUAAAACUGUGCCUUUUAUUAGUCAUGCUAAUGGAUUGGUCCAUCUUCAAAAUUUGAUCAUAAUACUAACUAAAGAAAUUUGAUGAAAAUUUCUUGUUAAAUUUACAAUUUAUGUGUUCUAAUUUAACCAUAUGGCAGACAAUUUUAUUAUUUGAUUCUUAAAAAGAAUGAUAGUUUCUAUUUUCUGACUAAAUUAUACUUAUCAAAUGCAUUGGAACCAUUAUUAACAGGAUAUUAAUAAACUGAAUAACUUGAUUAAAACAAAAUGUUUCAGAUUAUAUAUUUAUUUAGGAUAUUAUCUAUUAUUGCUUGGAUUAUAAUUAUAAAUUUUCAUUAUAUCACAUGUCAGUCAGAUUAUUUAACAUCAACAAAUUUGAUACAGCUACAUCCUGAAAGUCAAUCAGUUACACUCAAUAGUACAGUACGGCUACAAUGUCGUGUACGUAUGCUGAUAGAUCCAGACACAGGAGCAGGUGUACAAGUUUAUUGGUCUAAAAAUGAUUUUGGUAUUGGUGGUAAUCGUGAAGAUAUUCAAGAGUAUGGACGUAAUUCACGAUAUGAUUACUCUCGCUAUGAUUUACCAUACAACUUGAAGGAAGGACAAUAUGAUCUACAAAUAAUGAAUGUAGAACUAUCAGAUGAAGGUUCGUAUGUAUGUCAAGUGAAUUUUAUGCGACAACAAUAUCUAAGUCAAACAGCAGUCUUAACAGUACAAGUUCCAUCUGAAGCACCACAACUUGUACAAAUAACCAAUGAAGGUAAAGGUCAACGAAUAGAUAUUGGUCCGUCACGGCCUGCAAUUGUUGAUGAUGGAAGUAUUAUGGUUCUUGAAUGUAUUGCUCGUCAUGGUAAACCGGGAGCAUUGCUUACAUGGUUUAUUGACGGUGUUCAAGUAAAAUUAGAAUCGAAUCCUGACAGUACACCUGGAUCAUUUAUUUCUGGUUUCUCUGGUAACUUAACAUUUCAACUUGAAUCAUCUGCUAAAAUACCAAGACUAGUUGAUGCAACUAGUUCAAUGAGGGCACAUUUAAAUAAAUUGCAUCAUGGCAAACUUGUUGAAUGUAGAGCAGAAAAUACUGGAUAUGAAAUGCAUACACUUCGCCCAGCUCAGACAAAAAUUGAAGUACAUUACGCUCCUGUUGUGAGUAUACAAGUACGUCCCUCGCGACCUGACAAUCAAUUUAUGGAACAUGACAUUAUUACUGUUGAAUGUACAGCACACGGAAGACCAGAUUCAUUCUUCUGGGAAUGGUAUGUAAAUGGACGUCAAGUUGAAAAUAUCGCCGAAUCAUGGUAUCGUCUCCGGUUAACACGUGAAUUACAUCAAUCUGUAUUUCGGUGCAUUGCAAUUUCAAAUAAAAAAGGCGUUGCUGAAACAACAAUAAAAGUUAAAUUUGGACCUCAAUUUCAUCAAGCUUCAGCUUUACUAUUCACAGCAUCUCUAGGUGAAGAUGUUUUAAUGGAUUGUCCAGCAAUAGGUAAUCCAACACCGCAUAUUGAAUGGAGACGUGAAGGUGGUAGGGAAGUUCUUUCACGCAGUGUUUCACUGAAACGUGAAAAUUUAAAAGAAGAAGAUUUUGGGACGUAUAUAUGUACAGCUUUUGUACCGGAAUUCCCCCCUGUAUCCAAACAAAUGUAUAUAGCUAGACGAAAACCUCCUCGUAUUCAGCCAAACCCAAUAGUUCAUGCUUAUUUAGGUCAACCAGCCAGAUUACGUUGUACAGUGAAUUCAGUGCCACUUCCACCUUCUGGUCAAACGCAUUGGUAUUUCAAUGGUAAUCCAAUUCAGCCAGAUUCACAUCAUAAAUUUGAACAAGAAGAAUUUAUCGGUGGUGUGGUACUUGUUCUUCAUAUUGCACAUGUGAUGAUGAGUGAUUUCGGUCAAUAUAAUUGUUCUGUGAAGAACGGCUAUGGAUCAGAUUGGAAAUUAAUACGUCUCAGUCAUCAAGAAGAUAUCCCAAUUCAGUUUAUUAUCGGUGCAGCGGUCACUGUCGGGAUUCUGUUAAUAGUAGGAUUAAUACUUCUGUGUAUAUGCCGUCAAAGAGUAUGUGGAUUUCGUUAUAAUAAAGGUAAUCACACUAAACAACCAUCAAGGAGUUCUUUACAAGAUUAUGGUGUAGUGAAUUCAGAUUUUAUAACACGUGCUUAUACGCCGAAUAUGCAUUAUCGUCAAGAUCCAUAUCAGUGUUAUUCAAAUAAUCCAAGCCUAAAUAAAUCAUUUGCUCGUUAUGCUUUCGAUGGUACAGAUCAGGGAUCUAUGCGUAUACCCAAGGAUCAAUCAGAAAACUGUUUUUAUGAAACAUCUAAAGAAGAUAUGUGUGCUAAUACUUCUGUUCCUGUAGGUAUUUCCGCUACAUACUGUUCAAGUUUACCAUCUUGUCAAUUUUUACAACCCAUAUGUAACGGAAGUACUCACAUUUCAAGUUUAAACCAUCGAAUGUUAUCAUCGGAUCACUCACCUUUCUUAACUAAUUGUUCUAAUUUAUUGCCAACCUCUGGAUUAAUUCAAACUCCCCCACCUGAUUUCAUACCGGAAUCUAUUAAUUUACAAUCAUGUGGAAGUAACAACAAUCUAAUAGGAAAUAACAGUUGCCUUUUUUCAACUAAUAAUCAUUUAUUAGCAAAUCUUCCACAAAUUACAACAUUGGAUUUAACCAAUGGUAUACCUACACAUACAUCAUCACACGGUUUAUGUUCAGGUGGAAAUUCGAUUAUCAGUGGACAUAGUUCUGUGGAUAAUAACAAUAACAGUAAUUCACGUACUCCUGUAAAUUCACAUUCAUCUCGUAGUGUUAACAAUCCACCACUUUCACCUGACCAACAAUCAUCAUCAAUCAUUACAACAGAUCAUUCAGAACAUAUGGUGCCAAAGAUGGAGAAUCUAUCACAUUCACCUAUAACUUAUGGAGUUAACACAUCUAUUCAUGAAAUAGCCUAUUUAAUUAAUGAUCAUACAACAAAUGUUUAAUUGUAUGGCGACGAAUAUUGUCCUUUUGCAUAUUUAUUAUUAUACAUAGUAUUUGUUAUUUUACAUCAUGUUGAUGUAGAACAAUAAUUGAACUGUCGUUUUUCUUUUUUGUGCCUUAAACAUAACAUUACACAUAAUCCCUGUCAAUAUUUGCUUUUAUUUCGAAAACACCUAUCUAGUCGUGUUUAUGUGGUAAAUAUGAAUCUUACUCUCCUUUAAAUCUAGUUCUACAGAGUAUCAUUACUACAUGUAUCACACUAACAUGGGUUAUAAAAAGUUCUCCCCCUGUAUAUAUUAUUUUAUCUAACAAAUGCAAGAAUACAUCUACUAUUGUUUACAUAUUCAUCAAUGUAAGGGAACGUAAUUCUUCCCUACUCAGUAUGAGUAAAGAUAACAUUAUAGGAAUUAUAGUAUCUGUUUUAACUAUUUUGUACAAUUGUAGCUGUAUUAGAUUGCAAUAAGAUGCUUUAUUUAUGUGAGACCCUAUCAAGUAAUGUAGGAAGAGGGCAAAUUUAAUGAAAUAAUGUACCUAAACUAAUUUUAUGCUUCUUACUAAAAAUAAAUUGCGUAAUUGACUAACUACAACUUGAUAUAAAAAACAGGCAAAAAAUGUAAUUUUAAAGAACUGAAGUGAUAACUAUGUACUAGCUUGAUUGGUUCGUUAAGAAUAAGUUAGUUGGUUAUCAGUAAUGUGAAAGUACGGUAUGAUUUUGAAAAAUACCUCUGACAAUGUUGUUAAUGGAUCUCUGAUUGUGUGAAACGAAGAAAUGAAAAUCUUGAACACUAAUAAACACAAGAUUACGAUAUAAUAAUGACAACCGCUGAGAAAAUUAUAAAAGCAGAUUCAUCGUGAAGUUAGAUUUGUUAGAAUACUUCAAUGUUUAAUCUCAGAUACGAUUUCAAAGUUGUAAUGAAUGAUAGGAAUAUUACUCCUCAAAAUCAGGGCUGGAUUGAACAUAUUUAUAUUCUCAACAUCAGUAUAACAGUUCGAAUCUGACCAAUUGGAAAAUAAAGAAGAGGCUUAUAAAAUCAUGUCUUUGCAAAUGCCCACGACAAAAAGACGAACUAGGUAUUUCUCACAAUCCCCUGUUCGGAAAGUAAAAAGCCUAACUACAAAGAUAACAUGUCUUCAGUAAGUGGUGAUUAGACAAAUAACAUUUUGGAGUAACUGCUCGCAUCUGUAAAGCUUAUUUUCUUCUAAAAUAAAAAGCAAGAGGAUCCCAUAUUCCGAUAGAUUCUACCCCUUUUAUUUAUUGAGUCAUUUUGUUUUUAGAAGUUUAAAACAGUGAACCAUGUGGGAAGAAACGCAACUGUGAACAUGGUCUGGUACCAAUGACGCGAUGCUCGGUUCAGUCCUAAUGUUCAUAAAAGGAAUACUGCAAAAAAGCAAUCUUACUUCAUAUAUUAAGUAAAAUUCCAAGUUUUAUGAUGACAUUAAAAUAAUUGCUCAUGUAUUAAGUGAAUUUUGUUCAUUAAGAUUUCAAAGGCUAC